AGGAGAACUAGUUGACAGAGCCAUAAUUGGGUUUCACAUAACAAACUAAUUCCUCAAAAUUUCUUCAAAAUUUCUUCCAUUUUCCCUCACUCGUCUUCCUCAUUUACCUCUGCUCUUCUUAUUUAUUCUUCAAUCUCCCCAUCUCCCUCUUCUUCAACACCUUGGACUCUCCCUUUCCCUCCAACUUCAUAAGGUGCUUGGAGCAAAUGGCCUUGGUUACCACUGCAGAAGUUUGUGAUGCUAACCCACAGCUCAUUGUAAGUGGUGAACUUCGGGCCCUUGAACCAAUUUUCCAGAUAUAUGGCCGACGCCAAGUCUUUUCGGGACCAGUAGUCACACUGAAGGUGUUUGAAGACAAUGUUUUGAUUCGCGAGUUCCUUGAGGAGAAGGGUAACGGUAGAGUUCUUGUCGUGGAUGGGGGCGGUAGUAAGAGGUGUGCAAUAUUGGGUGGCAACCCUGUUGUCCAAGCUCAGAACAAUGGUUGGGCUGGUAUAGUUGUGAAUGGAUGUGUUAGAGAUGUGGAUGAAAUAAAUGGUUGCGAUAUCGGGGUAAGGGCUCUCGCGUCACAUCCAAUGAAAGCCUACAAAAAGCGGGUUGGAGAAAAGCACGUCCCUAUAACUGUAGCGGGGACAAGGAUCAUGGAUGGGGAAUGGCUGUAUGCAGAUACUGAUGGGAUUCUGGUUUCACGAACCGAAUUAUCCGUUUAGAGAAUUGUUGAUUAAUUUCCCUUCCAAUGAUUUUGAUGGCAGGAUGAUAUUGUUAUACGGGGGCGAGAGUGAGAGCGAGGACGAGGGCAAGAGGUUGCCAGUAAUGCUGUUGAUGUCUACUUGUGGAAUCUAAAAUUCAACUCCUUGUUAUAUUUAUCACUAAAAUUAUGUUAUGGUUGAACUUAAUAUGAUGUGUUCUGUGAAAGAUGAACUGCUGAAUUAAUCUCUUAAUAGUGUCAAGUGGCCUUUACUGUUGUAAGCAA